CUUUCCCGGAAGGCAGGGGGGCGGCGCCGGCCUCGGGGCGGCUGGACGAUGGCGGCGGCGCGCCGACUGGCCGCUCAGUGAGCUAGAGCCGCGCAGCGGGAGGAUGGCCUCGCUCGGGUCGGCCGCGGCCGGGGAGCCGGCUGCCGGAGCUGAGGCGGAGCUAGGUCCUCCGGCCCCUCCGCCGCCGCCGCCACCUCCCGCGCCCUCGCCGUCCGCUCUCGGGCCGCUGCUGCCCCUGCAGCGGGAGCCGCUGUACAACUGGCAGGCCACCAAGGCGUCGCUGAAGGAGCGCUUCGCCUUCCUCUUCAACUCGGAGCUGCUGAGCGAUGUGCGUUUCGUGCUCGGCAAGGGCCGCGGCGCGGCAGCCGCCGGGGGCCCGCAGCGCAUCCCCGCCCACCGCUUCGUCCUAGCGGCCGGCAGCGCGGUCUUCGACGCCAUGUUCAACGGCGGCAUGGCCACGACGUCGGCCGAAAUCGAGCUGCCGGACGUGGAGCCCGCCGCCUUCCUGGCGCUGCUGAGAUUUUUGUAUUCAGAUGAAGUUCAGAUUGGGCCAGAAACCGUUAUGACCACUCUUUAUACUGCUAAGAAAUAUGCAGUCCCUGCCCUGGAAGCACACUGUGUAGACUUUCUCACCAAACAUCUUAGGGCGGAUAAUGCCUUUAUGUUACUUACUCAGGCGCGGUUAUUUGACGAGCCUCAGCUGGCCAGUCUUUGUCUCGACACGAUAGACAAAAGCACGAUGGACGCAAUAAGUGCAGAAGGGUUUACUGACAUUGACAUAGAUACACUCUGUGCAGUUCUAGAAAGAGACACAUUAAGUAUUCGAGAAAGUCGACUUUUUGGAGCUAUUGUACGUUGGGCAGAAGCAGAAUGCCAGAGACAGCAAUUGCCUGUGACGUUUGGAAACAAACAGAAAGUUCUAGGAAAAGCGCUUUCCUUAAUCCGGUUCCCACUGAUGACAAUUGAGGAAUUUGCAGCAGGUCCUGCUCAGUCUGGAAUUUUGUCAGACCGUGAAGUGGUAAACCUCUUUCUUCAUUUUACCGUCAACCCUAAACCCCGAGUAGAAUACAUUGAUCGACCACGCUGCUGCCUCCGAGGAAAGGAGUGCUGCAUCAAUAGAUUCCAGCAAGUAGAGAGCCGCUGGGGCUACAGUGGGACAAGCGACAGAAUCAGGUUCACAGUAAACAGAAGAAUCUCUGUAGUUGGAUUUGGUUUGUAUGGAUCUAUUCAUGGGCCCACGGAUUAUCAAGUGAACAUACAGAUCAUUGAAUAUGAGAAAAAACAAACCCUGGGACAGAAUGAUACUGGAUUCAGUUGUGACGGCACCGCCAACACAUUCAGGGUCAUGUUCAAAGAACCUAUAGAGAUCCUGCCCAACGUGUGCUACACAGCAUGCGCAACCCUCAAGGGUCCAGAUUCUCACUAUGGAACAAAAGGACUGAAGAAAGUGGUACAUGAGACCCCUGCUGCAAGCAAGACUGUUUUUUUAUUUUUCAGCUCCCCUGGCAAUAAUAAUGGCACUUCAAUAGAAGAUGGACAAAUACCGGAAAUAAUAUUUUAUACAUAAUCUAGUGUUAAUGACCAUUCAGUCUAAUCACAGAGCAUAAACAACUGGCCACAAAUAGUCGAGUGUCAUGAGUAUUUAUAACUACAGAAUAAGAAACAUUUUAGUUUCUUAGAGGAAGUAAAAGUUUAUUUACAUCUCUGCAUGAUUCAAAGGCAGGUUUUCCAUUUUCUUCUAACCCUCGGGGCAAAGAGAACCAGGUUUGUGUGAAAAGCGCAGUCUUUCCGCUUCGUCUUGUGUGAUUCAUAGCUCCACUGACUCUUGGUCUUUCAGUAGUUUGGGAACUGAAAGAUUUUUGUCUUAUGUAGCAGAUGUGGGUGUUUUCACUUUUUUAAAAGCUUUUGUUUUUACUAUUUUGAAAGUUAUGUGAAAUGGGUCAGUAUUCCUACAGAAUUCUUUUUAACUCAAAUAACUAAUUUUAGAAAAUUAAGAAAGCUGACUUUAUAUUUGGGUUUUGAAAUAUCUGGUUGUUAGCAUUUGGAAUAGUGCUAAAAGUAAGACUAAAAACACCCAAGAAAACUUUCAGUGUAUUUAUAGAAAGGUAUUUUGUAAUAGUAUAGUAGUGUAUUGCAUAGUACUGUUUAAAACUGUAAGUGGAGCUUGUAUACAGUGACAAUAAUUGUUGCAAACAGACCACAGGGAUGAUCUAAGUGGAUUCUUUGUCACUCCCAUCCUGCUCUGCCUGUCACGGGGCUGCCAGUGACUUCUAGAUGGCCGAGAGAAGAUGGGGUACCAGCAGAUAGCACCUGCAGCAGCAGGAACGGGAGAGAAGAUGGGGUACCAGGAGAGCACCUGCAGCAGCAGGAACGGGAGAGAAGAUGGGGUACCAGGAGAGCACCUGCAGCAGCAGGAACGGGAGAGAAGAUGGGGUACCAGCAGAUAGCACCUGCAGCAGCAGGAACAGGAGAGAAGAUGGGGUACCAGCAGAUAGCACCUGCAGCAGCAGGAACGGGAGAGAAGAUGGGGUACCAGCAGAUAGCACCUGCAGCAGCAGGAACGGGAGAGAAGAUGGGGUACCAGGAUAGCACCUGCAGCAGCAGGAACGGGAGAGAAGAUGGGGUACCAGGAGAGCACCUGCAGCAGCAGGAACGGGAGAGAAGAUGGGGUACCAGGAGAGCACCUGCAGCAGCAGGAACGGGAGAGAAGAUGGGGUACCAGCAGAUAGCACCUGCAGCAGCAGGAACGGGAGAGAAGAUGGGGUACCAGCAGAUAGCACCUGCAGCAGCAGGAACGGGAGAGAAGAUGGGGUACCAGGAUAGCACCUGCAGCAGCAGGAACGGGAGAGAAGAUGGGGUACCAGGAGAGCACCUGCAGCAGCAGGAACGGGAGAGAAGAUGGGGUACCAGCAGAUAGCACCUGCAGCAGCAGGAACGGGAGAGAAGAUGGGGUACCAGGAGAGCACCUGCAGCAGCAGGAACGGGAGAGAAGAUGGGGUACCAGCAGAUAGCACCUGCAGCAGCAGGAACGGGAGAGAAGAUGGGGUACCAGCAGAUAGCACCUGCAGCAGCAGGAACGGGAGAGAAGAUGGGGUACCAGGAUAGCACCUGCAGCAGCAGGAACGGGAGAGAAGAUGGGGUACCAGCAGAUAGCACCUGCAGCAGCAGGAACGGGAGAGAAGAUGGGGUACCAGGAUAGCACCUGCAGCAGCAGGAACGGGAGAGAAGAUGGGGUACCAGGAUAGCACCUGCAGCAGCAGGAACAGGAGAGAGCGCUAAGCCCCUCACAGCUGCUUUGACACCAUGAAGCUGUCCAGCCAGUCACUCCUGCUGAAAAGGAAGGAGGCUUUUUGUCAGUUACAUAGUUCUAGCCAAGAAGCAACAUGCUUGAUAAGUGUGACCUCUCAAUGUGGCUGGCGCGUCUAUAACAAGAGUGGGUCAGAAGGAUAUCUGGCAGAGUGACAUUUCUACAUUUUUAUAAAGCAGAUUUUUAAAAUACAAGUGAGAUAACAUUUUCCCCUUGAAAAUGGUCAUCUUACAAAAAAUUAACCUUGUGUAAAUUAAGCUUAAGGUGUAUCAGUCCAUCAGUAGUUGUGGAAAAUUGUUAAAAAUAAAAAUUCUUCUAAGUAUCAACUUAAGAAUUUUUUCUAAGUAGGAUAUAAAAGAUCUCACCAAAAGUACUAUUUUGUAUUUUCAAGAGGGCAGGGAGGUGAUGUGCUGGUGGCCAGGGCCUCUUGGAGUUACUGAAGAAAGGGCACUGUUUUCUGUUGGCCCUGGUACCGUGGUCUCAUGUUGCCAGCCUCAGUUAGCUGGAAUACCCAUGGAAUGUGUGCUUCUGCUUAACCGAAGUUUAGCAAAGACUAGUAGCGGUGGGGAGUACUUCUUCCUUACCAAGUGCUGCAUGCAGAGGUAACUAGUGCUUCUGACUCUGGGGCACUCAUGUGCCUUGCUUCUUAUGAACAACUGUAAAGGGAUGUGGCUGAUGGAACCACUCACUGACAUUGGGACAUCACCUGGAAUCUUUAAAAUAAAUUUAUCCUUUUUGUUUA